AUGUCAAUUUUGUCACCGAAUUCACACAUUCUGUACCGAGAAAUCUACCAAAAGGAGGCGCAGCAGCAGUUAUGGAGCUCCGGAAGCGGUUCGAUCUGGGUAAAACCAAAUGGGUCGGGUUUGGGGUUGGAUCGAAGCAGAAACGAGUGGAGAAAACGAGCAAAGAGAGAUUUGAGAAGUUGGGCGUUUUGGCCUGAAUUGUCCAAGCCUUCAUCUGUGGAGAUGGAGCCGAUUCAAGAUAGCGAGCACUUUGAUCGGAUUUUGGAAUCUGCUAAAGAGCUGUCUCAGCCCCUUCUUGUUGAUUGGAUGGCAACCUGGUGCAGAAAAUGCAUAUUUCUGAAACCAAAAUUGGAGAAGUUAGCUGCUGAAUUUGAUACCAAGAUGAAAUUCUACUACGUAGAUGUGAACAACGUGCCUCAAUCGUUGGUGAAGCGUGGAAACGUAUCAAGGUGUUUUGGGCAGCUGUGGAAAGAUGGGGAGAUGAAGGCGGAAGUGAUAGGUGGGCACAAGGCAUGGCUUGUCAUUGAAGAAGUCAGGCAGAUGAUACUUGACUUUGAGUAA